AUGAAACGGCCUUGUUCGUUAUCCACAUCCACAUCCACAUCGACAUACAAUACCAGAUUCUCCUUAUCAAAACGACAUAAAUUAGAGCAUGAGAUCUUUUCAACCUCAAUAAAAGAUAUCGAGAAAAUGUUUACAGAUGAAGAAGAAUUUAAUAACAAUAACCGCAAUAGCUGUGGCGAAAGGAGCAUGAGCUCUACUGUUGCUUCUUCGCCACCCCCACUACAACAACAGAAAGAAGAAACACUACAUAAGCCACAACCGUUACGCAAUCGACCUAAGAAGUUGCCCAGAAGGAGCAUUUUUCAACCAUACCUAAACACAAACAUAAAUGGGUAUGGUUCGCAUACGGUAGGUACUCAGAUGUUGAAUUCGCAUACGGGAGGUACUCAGAUGUUCAAUUCGCAUACGGGAGGUACUCAGAUGUUCAAUUCGCAUACAGGGGGUACUCAUGGGUUUAACUCCCAUACGGGUACUCAGAUGUUCAAUUCGCAUACUAGAGAUAGGAAUGAUUGCUCAUUCCAAUACUUGGAGUUCCCUAAUUUAUCUAGUAUCUAUCUGAAACGAAAUUACGACUGCAUUGAUUUAGCCUUAUUGGAAGAAGAUGACGAGGAAGAGGAGAUUAUGAUAUUGGACGAGAACAAUAACCGCAAAGGGUCUAGUUUACCUUUUCAGUUUCAUCUGUAUCCCCUACCAAUAAAGUAUAAUUUACCGAGACAAAGAGAUUUGGAUUUCACACUCUUUGAUGAAACGUCUCAAGGAUGUGAAAAUGAAGAUGAGAAAAUCUAUGAAAAUUACAAAGAAUCCAUCGAUGACGAUUUGUUGAUGAUUGAUCGUUUGAUCAUGAGGGGGUAA